UAGAUCUCAUUUCAAAAUGGCAGGAGGUAGUGGUAAGUCAGUUAGAGAUCGUUUAAGUCAAUGGGAGUCGUCACUGGCUCCACUGGACGAGACAUCAAGAGAAGAAUUCAUGAAACUAAGUACAACAGCAGGGAAUAGACCACUACCUCGGAAUUUAUCAUCCAGUAGAGAUAUCAUACCUACUAGGAUCAAGAAAGAUGAGACGAUAAUUGAAAUUGAAGAAAAAUUGAAAAAUGUGCAGACAAUGCAAGAGUUGCUGGCGUGGUUUGAUGAAAUGGAUGCUGAUGUUGUCACAAAUAAGGACAGUGUCUAUAGGGAUUAUUGUUCCCAUUUGAAGCAGUACAGUAUUGAGUGUGGUGGUAUGUUGGAUCAGUUGUCAGCUGCUCUUGAGUCGCUCCAUGAUAUGAAUAGGAAGCAUCAGCUUGUCUCGGAGAAGACGCAAGCUCUUCAUGAAGCAUGUGAACAACUUGUGCAAGAACAAAAUCAGUUAUCAGGCUUUGCCGAAGCUAUCACCAGUAAACUCUCCUAUUUUACGGAGCUGGAACAGCUGGGACAGAAGUUAAAUGCUCCCUCAUUUUCUCCAUCGUCUGAUCACUUCCCAGUCCUAUUGAACCGUCUUGAUGAGUGUAUUGCCUUCAUUGAGUCACAUCCUCAUUUUAAAGAGUCUUCAGUUUAUUUGGCUCGUUAUAAGCAGCAGCUGUCUAAAGCUCUCUCCUCCAUUAAGCAACAGUUCAUUCACACUAUCAGAUCAACCACACAAUCAGUUCUGCAGCAGCAGCAUCAGUCAGUGGGCAUGCCUGAGACCAGUUAUUCUCAGUUUUAUGGUAAAUUCAGAGGAUCAGCUCCUAAACUUAAAAGUUUGAUGAGUGAAGUUGAACUAAGAGCAGAGAAAUCCUCAGACUAUACCACACUGUUACAGGAUUGCUUGCAGUGUUACAUAUCUCAAAGACGUCUCUUGCUAUCACCAUCAGUGACAGCUACUCUUCUUGAACUAACUAAACACAAACAAACAGAAUACAGCUCACUGAUCAGAGAAGCCUGUAAUUUAGUGUCCAGGGUUUGUAUGGAUGAGUACCAGUUGUAUUAUCACUUCUUCUCUAGACACAGUCAACAACUCAAUGAUCUCUUGGAAGGUUUUUGUUAUCAAAUGUACGACAGUCUCCGCCCGAUCAUCAUUCACAUAAACCACUUGGAAACUCUAACAGAUCUGUGCACUAUACUUAAGGUUGAAAUGGUUGAAGAGGUUGUUGAACCAAAAGGAGAGCAGCUGGAGAGAUUUGGUUUAAUAAUCAAAGGACUUUUAGGAGACAUACAACAGAGACUUGUCUUCAGAGCUCAGAGGUAUAUUCAAACUGAUAUUAAAAGAUACAGGCCAGCACCAGGUGACCUCUCUUACCCUGAUAAACUCAUAGUCCUGGCUGAGGCUCAGGCUGCAGCAGCUGCUUUGAGCCGCCAAAACGAAACCUUCUCAGAUGCAGAUUCAGUCUUUGACACUGAUAGUGAAGCCAGUACUCCUGUUGAUCCUCACAAUUCUUCCUUUCCUUUGUCUCGUGUAUCCAGUGCCAGUGGCAGUAAGAAGAAGAAAUAUGGCAGAGGUCAAGCUAUCACUGAUCUCCAUGCUAUGUGGUAUCCCACUGUCAGGAGGACACUCAUGUUCCUUUCAAAACUGUACAGGUGCCUUGAGAGAAAAGUAUUUGAAGGUUUAGCCCAAGAGGCGGUUAGUGAGUGUGUCUCUUCAUUACAUGUAGCAGCAAAUGCCAUACAGCCUAAGAAGGGUGACAUAAACUCUGAACUGUUUCUUAUUAAACAUUUACUGAUACUGAGGGAGCAGAUUGCUGCCUUUAAUGUUAACUUUUCUGUGAAAGAAGUCUCCCUUGACUUCACUAAGACUAAAGCUGCUGCUUUUAAUUUGCUCAAGAAAAGGUCAAGGUUCUUCUCUUUGAACAGCAACAAUGCUUUCCUCGAGUUUCUGUUUGAAGGAGUCCCUGAAUUGAUAGAAACACAACUGGACUCAAAAAAGGAGGUUGACCUACAGCUGAAGCAAGCCUGUGAGCUCUUCAUACUGCAUGCAACUGCUAGUCUUGUUCAUCCACUGAAGUCUUUGCUCAGUAAAUUUGAUGUUGUCAUUGAAUUGGCCAGCAAAGAAAAGAAAGAAGCAGCUCAAUUUAUAUCAAGGCAGCCAUUUGCUGACUCAAAGGAGAUCCACGCUAUUGUAUCACAGACUAAUAAGUUGCUAAGAUCUGAAGUUCCCCUUGUGAAGAGGUCCCUAUCUCUCUACCUCUCCAACCCUGAGACUGAGAAGAUACUGUUCAAACCAGUGAUGGACAAUGUAUUGAGUGUGUACCAGUCAAUGAGAAGCAUAUCUCAGAACUAUUUCAAUGAAGAGGACCAGCAGAUCAUAUCAGCACUCACACAACAUGAAGUGACACUGUUGCUGUCUGCUCUCCCUGCUCCGCUGGUCCCUUCUUCUCCUUCUCUCCCUAAAUCGUUUACCUCUUAAUUAAUUUAAAAUAAUUCAUUUCUUAUAAUUCAAUAAAAUACAAUGUGAUAUUAGAUGUCUGAUCAGCCACACCUACCA